AUGGUCCGUUUCGUGACGUCGCUACUGCUGGCGUCGCUGGGCGCAAGUGCCCUCGCCGCUACGUCGUGCAGCACCAGCAGCCAGUGCCCCAAGGACAAGCCAUGCUGCUCUCAGUACGGCGAAUGUGGCACCGGUGCCUACUGCCUCGGCGGAUGCGACCCCCAAUCUUCCUUCACCAUCGACUCGUGUGCGCCGAUGCCUGUCUGCAAGGACAAGAAAUACACCUGGGAUAACCUCGACAAUGCUGCCAAGCAGGACAAGUACCUAGGCAAUGCCUCCGCAGCCGACUGGACCUACAGCGGCGACCCCAAGACCAAGGACGGGAACUUGAUCAUGACUAUGCCCACGAAGAGUGUCGGCACCCUGUUCGCCAACAACCACUACAUCUGGUACGGCAAGAUCUCUGGGAAGAUCAAGAGCAGCCGCGGCAAGGGUGUGGUGACAGCAUUCAUUCUGCUGUCCGACGUCAAGGACGAGAUUGAUUAUGAGUUUGUGGGUGCCGACCUGGCCGCGGUGCAGACCAACUAUUACUGGCAGGGUGUCCUGGACUGGCACAACAGCGGCAACGCCACCGUCGAUGGCGGCAACACCUUUGACGACUGGCACACCUACGAGAUUGACUGGCAACCUGACCAGGUGCGGUGGGUCGUGGACGGCGACGUGAAGCGCACGCUCAAGAAGUCCGAGACCUGGAAUGCGACCGCCAACCGCUACCAGUUCCCGCAAACCCCGGCCCGCCUGCAGAUGUCCCUUUGGCCCGCCGGCCAGGCCAGCAACGCCAAGGGCACUAUUGACUGGGCUGGUGGUGAGAUCGACUGGGACAGCGAGGACAUCAAGGACCUGGGCUACUACUCGGCCACCAUCGGUGAAAUCAAGGUGCAGUGUUACAACCCUCCGGACGGCACCUCCAAGAAUGGCGACAAAUCCUACGUCUACACCGACAAGAUCGCCCUGAACAACUCCAUCGCCAUCACCGACAACUCUACUGUGUUGGGCUCUCUUGGCGCCACCGGCCUGAACAUGAACCUCGGUGCCGAUGACAACAAGAAGAACAGCUCGCCCAGCAUCAACAGCGACAGCGUGCCCACCAACCAAGGCGGCUCUGGCGGCAUGUCCGGCAAUGGCAGCGGCGCCACCACCACGCACAGCGGCAGCAACGCCCAGUCCUCGGGCAACGGCUUCACCCAGGGUGGUGACAAGGCAAAUGGUGCCUCAGUCUACGGUGAGCGGAUCCUGAGCAGCUCCUUGUUCGCCGUCACGGUUGCCGUGGUGGUCCUGGUGACGCUGUAA